AUGGACAGCAGCUAUAGGUCUUCACAACACUCGGGGGAGAUGAAAGUUGAAAGCACCUGUAUGUCCAAGUCCAAGCUGAAUGGAAAAGCAAAAAGCAGCUUUGACAGUGAAGAUGAGAGUUUGGAAUGCAAUCUAGAUGAUGACGAUGAUGAAGUGCUUGUGCCACUGCAAGAAAUCCUCUUUCCAAGUUCCAAGCCACAGGCAGGAAUCCUGGAAGAAUCUUCUGGCGAUUUUUCUCCGGUCAAUAUGAGUCCAUUACUGAAGCUUCAUUUGUCUAAGCCUCCUGUUGUUAGCCAGGUGUCAUAUGUGAACAGCUUAGAACAUCUCUUGAAGGAGAAAGAAGACUCAAAAAGGAUAGAUGAACUAGAAAAGCGGUUGCAAGAAGACCUACAAGGAAAGGAAACUGAUUCUUCAGAUGGAGAAAAUGAGGAGAAUGCCAGUGGAGAUGAAGAUCUCUCAGAAGAACACAGGGCAUUUAUAAAGAGGUUUUCAGUAGUAGCUCAUGCCAUACCUGACUACCACCCUGGAGAAGAUAUAUUUGAUUUAUCAGCCUCUGGGAAAAUCUUCAGUCAGCAUGACCUGGACUUCAGGAAUUUUCACUUCAUCCCUCAAAAUCCUAUAGAAAAGCUACUUGUUAAUUCCAGUGUAGCACAGCAACUUUCUUUAACUAUUAAUGGUUUUCUAAGUUCUGCUUACAGUUGUAUCUUGUGUCCCAUACCAAUUCUGAAGUGGCUUUUCCAGGUGAUGUCUGUUCAUCCUGACUAUUCUGUUUCCACCCAGAUUUUAGACAGAUUGAUGGAGAUAACACUAAAAAACGCUUCCAUCAGUGAUGAACAGUCUAAACCAUGGAUUCCUUCACUAGCAGAUGUGUCAGCUGUUUUUGUCAAUAUGGGUGUUGCGUUUAGAUCUCUCUUUCCAUUGCAGCAGCUUCAGCCCAACUUUAACGAGUAUGAUAUUUUAAGUCAGAUGCAAGAAACAAUGAGUAAACACCAGCCAGGAGGAGAGCUAACCUCUGCCAGUCCAGCCUUCUCCAGUCUACCAGAGAACAAUUUAAUUAAUGUGAUUAAGUUUCUAGGUUUCUGUACAACAGUAAUUCAAGGUGGAUAUACUGAUCAAGAAAUAAUACUGCUGCUUCUGUUGCUUUUUAAAAUAAGCUUGGAGAAACAGUUAAAGCAAAUUCCUUUGAUAGAUUUUCAGUGCCUUUUCCUAAAGCUUCUGAUAACAAUAGAAGACUGGGAUACAAAGAUGCCUGAGCUCUGCCUGGCUCUGAGUGAACUCUCCAGUCAUCACCAUAAUCUCCUGUGGCUGGUUCAGCUGGUGCCUAGCUGGGUAACACGUGGACGGGAAGUAAGAAGACGUCUUAGCCUGGUGAUCAUUUCAAAGCUUCUCAAAAAGGAUGUAGAAAUACCAGAUGACAGUGACAAGCAGAUGUCUCUUCUGCAUCAGUUUCUGGUGUACAUGAAACCUUCUAAUCUACUAAAGAAGAUGAGGAAAAGACUGGAGCAGCAGGAUGCUGAUGGAGACCACCUUCAUGUAGAACUAGAACAGGAG